AUGUCGCCUCUCAAUAACGACGGCCAUGGUCCGCUUCAAGUCCCGGGAUUCAACUCACUGCCUCUGGACUUUCAACUGCCUCUCGAGAGCCGCUUUGCCCAUGGGUUGAUUGACUUUCGCCACUCACAUCGGCUUACCUUGCGAGAGAUGGCCAUGCUCCGACUCAUGUUACAUAUUACGGAACAGCCUGAGUGGGAUCGCGUGAUACUGGACCCAGAUGAGGCUCGACUAGCGCAGUGGCACCAGGACGCCAAGGAUGGAUCUGAAGGCUUCCUUAUCAGCCCCGCCACAUGGGAUUGGUGUCUCGCCGAACUACGCGACAAGGCAGAGAUCUGGCAAGCAACGGGUCAUCUCUUAGUUCUCGACAGCUCCUCCGCUGUUUGUCAAGCCGAUUUGACCAUGCUCGCGGGAGACUUGGAGGCGGAGAUUGCCCGGCUGGGAUCACAAGGCCAUGCUUCCCACCUGGUCGACCCGUCUCUAUUCCCACUAGUGUACGACCGUUCGCCUGUACUAGUUCAGGGUGGAGAGGUCUCCUUGGAGGAUUUAUGGAAAUCACCCGGUCAGGUUGCCAAGGAUCUGCCCAACCGCCGGACCUUGAAGAAGAACUUUAGGGAACCGGGGUUGGAGGAGUCCCGCUACAUGAGAUGGGAAGAUUAUGAAAGUUGUUGGUCUGGUCGCUUUCAAUGGCUUCCCUGUGAGGUGCGGUUCGAGCCCGGGUCGCUAAAUGAUACCUCUGUUCAGAUCACGUCCUAUGUGAACAAUCUCCACCCGGAGCGCCACAGGAGCCUGUACAGACAGCUUGAGCGGCUCAUCGCAAGCGCGGUGCCUUCAUGGAAUGAUAUUCUUUUUUACAGCAACUCUCGUGGACGCCGUCCGCCCCGAAUUCUAACUUAUGGCUGCGAGGUCCACAACCAUAACGAAGAACACGAAGUAUUCGAUCUUAUCUCGACCUAUUGUCCCACUUACGAAGAGUGGCAGAGGCGUUGCAAAAUUGCCCGCCAAUACCUCGCAGAACCCGAACCACCAGAGUGGAAGCAGGCCUGUCAUGUGCGCAUCGCCAUCAACGCGAAGCGAAGACGAAAGACUUGGUUCGACCAUCCCGAGCCCGGUGUGUCGUUUUCGUAUGAACAGUGGAAACAAGGUCAAUUCAAAGGACGUGCGAUCCACCCGCCGCGUUUUUGGAAGCGCCCGGAUCCACAACACCAUCACCAUAUCCCUGUGAAACUGGAGCAGCAAUUCCGGGACCAAGGUCUCCAAGUCGUGGUGGAAAUCACUCGCAUCGAACUCACGCCCAAAAAUCCCGUGUAUGCAGGUGAAAGCCACUUCCACACCGAGGGGCUCCGCAACGACCACAUCGCGGCCACCAGUUUAUACGCGGUGGAAAGCAACAAUGUGACGCAGGCCCGGGUGGCGUUCCAGCAUGAGGAUAAGGUCGUUAGGGAAAAGCUUCAAUGUCAGGUCCUAAAGGCCCUAUCGCGUGUUCUGGACGUGGAUCCCCGGCCAAAUCCCAAAGAACCCCAUCGCGCACUCCAUACUUUCGGAUCAGUCCGGACUGCACGAGGCCACCUCCUCAGCUGGCCUAAUACCUAUCGGUCGAAGCUAGAGGGAUUCAAACUCAGUGAUGCUACUCAGCCCGGCCAUUUGACCCUUGUCAAGCUUCGCCUGGUGGAUCCUCACUAUCGGGUCUGCUCCACACGGAAUGUUCCACCUCAGCAGCAUGAAUGGUGGGCCGCAGCGGCGGAGGAAGCAUCCGAUCUGGAUAAGCGUUUGCCAAGAGAGUUGAUACUUUCGGUGAUGGCACAGACGGACUGGUGGCCUAUGUCGGAGGUUGAGAGGCGCUUGCGGGAGGAUUUUCACGCCGAUCGUGAGCGCGCUCGUGAGGCGAUCGAUAGAUCUGUGGGGUGCAAUAAUGCUGUUUUCUGA